AUUUUCAAAAAAAUAUAGCAUUCAAGCUCGGGAUUUCCGAGCAAAGUGUGUGAGGAGAAAAGAAUUUGGACUUUGAAUUAUUCAAGUGCGUACUGAAGAGAGAGAGAGAGAGAGAGAGAGAAUUCUGCAAAUAAUUCAGUAUUUAUCGACAUCGUUCAAGAUUUCAAGAAGCUACUCAUCUCGAUAAUUAUUCAUACUUUGUACUAGCAGUAGUACUACUUGAGAUAAUCUUUCGAGUCUCAAAGGCGGAGAAAGUUACAGCGUUUAAUGGACUCAGUUCUGUGCGUAAAUAACUCAGUUUGCGCGCGUUAAUCGGAUCAAGCCGCGCAGCGUAUAAGUAAACGCAUACAGAUCGGUAACUUCAUCCAAAUCGAUCACCGAUCGUCCGCGCGCAUAUCGUUGUGAAAACGUUACUUCUGUAUCGACUCACCUUCAAAAUCCCAAUCGGAAUCGUUUAAAUUAAAAAAAAAAUCGAGUCUCCCGGUCAAACAAUCGCACAUAUAAAUUACAUUCGGUGUGGAAAUCGGAUCGCAUUCGAUUAUCCGAUUGUUCAGCAGUUCGGCGCAUUGGCCCCCGUGAGACAUCCUCUUCGUUUUAUUCUUAUACUCUCUUAUUGUGAUACGCCUCCGGCUUUUUUAUUUCUCGUCCACAGGCGCGCCGAGUCGAUCGGUUCCCCGCGGGCUCGAUCGGUCGAUCGGAGAAAAGCGCCCAUCAUUAACCGAGCGGCUCAGCGGCAAAAAAGCAAAAGGAAAAAAGACGCGGGGUCACGGAAGGGGUCAGGCGAGCCGUAUACGCGCGACACUAUGGACGCAGGACUGACGACGAGGAGCUUCGUCACAGGUGGAAGCGGGGCUAGAAAAAAGAGGAGAAGCUAGUCCAAGAGAGACGGAGAAAAGAAGAAGAAAAAAGCGGGAAGGCUGCGCGCUCUGAUAGAGCACAGUGAGCGCGCGCGCGCGCCAGCGCUGUUUUUUCGUGUGGGCCGCGGCGCCGGGAAGGAGAGUACAUAUAUCGAUAGCCGGCGAUCGGACCGAGCUAUACAGCGCGCUCUCGGAUGCGUGUAUACACGCGAGUCAGCAGCCGUUCGGACCACGAGGAAUUCACGACCGCUCGGGAGUCGACCGGGAAAUUGUUAUGAAUCAGUCCUAAGUUCACUGAACGCUCACACGAUAGUACGCGGAGUCAAGCUCAAAGUUUUGCACUUGAGAUAUACUUCGUCUGAUUUUCAACGUCGAGAUGCGGCUCUCGGGGAUGUUCGCCGAGGUCCUCUUGGUGUUGUUCGCGCUAAGCUGCAAGAGCGAGGGCUCGAGGACUACUAGGUUAGAAAUCGAGACCGGAGCUUUCGUCACGAGGGACAAGAGGCAGUUGUUCCGAAGACAGUUGGAGCAAGUGCAACAGAUCCUGCCGCAGCCCGGGAGAAUCGAAACUUUCACUGAUCUCGUGAGAUCCACGGGCUACCACGUCGAGGAGCACGACAUCACGACGGAUGACGGCUACAUCUUGACAGUCCAUCGGAUGCCAGGCGGUCCGAGGUCUCCCGUGACCCCGAAGAAGCCUGCGGUGCUCUUUAUUCAUGGGCUCCUCGCCGCCUCUGACAUUUGGGUGCUUCGCGGCCCCGAUGAAGAUCUGGCCUUUAUGAUGGUCGACGCUGGAUACGACGUCUGGCUGUUGAACACGAGAGGCAACUUCUACUCCAGGAGGCACAAGAAGAUAGUACCGAAGGAGGAGAAGUUUUGGCGAUUCAGCUGGCACGAGUUUGGAGUGUACGACACGGCGUCUGCUAUCGACCACAUACUCAGAACGACGGGACAGGAACGAGUGUCGCUUAUCGGACACUCGAUGGGAACGACGGUGGGCCUGGUGCUGCUGUCGAUGAAACCGGAAUACAAUGCCAAGGUCAACACGAUGCUCUCCUUCGCCCCCAUCGCUAUUUUCACACACCUGGUACCAGGUCCCAUCAGCAACAUCGCCGUGAGAUACGGCAAACAGCUACAAAAAACAUUCAGGACGCUCGGAGUCCAUGAAAUAUUCCCUCGGAAUCCUAGCUUGGUCGGGGCGUAUGCGACGUUCUGCCAGACGCCGCAUAUCGAGCUGCUGUGUCAACGACUAAUUAUGAAUAUGGCUGGCCUAUUAAAAUCCAGCCAGUUUGACGCAAUCGAUGUCGACAUGAUGCCCAAAGUAUUAAACCAUUAUCCUCAAGGAUCGUCGCUCGAGACGCUUUUGCAUUACAGACAGAUUAUGAUAAGCGGAAAAUUCCGACAGUACGAUUUUGGACCAGAAGGAAAUUACAUCCGAUACAAAAACAUGACUCCUCCAGAGUAUCCUUUGGAAAGGAUAACGGUUCCGAUCGUACUCUAUUACGGAUUGAACGACGCUUACACGACAAAAGAGGACGUUGUAGUGCUAAUGGCAAAACUACCGAAUGCUGAAGGUCGGGCUAUCGCCUACGAUCGCUUCAGCCAUCUCGAUUUUCUCUUCUCGAACUACACGAAGGAUCUACUUUACACGGAUGUUCUGCAAACCCUCAAUAUGUACAGAGAAGAUCGGGCUCCGUAUCCGGAGUCGCUCAAACAAGCCAUCGAAUAUGCAAAACUGGCGCCUACCACCGUGACGGUGUGAAUCAUUGGAUUGAUCCUAAAUGACUCUUUUCGUGAAUCGGUGCGGAUGUACUUUAGUGGCAUUACUUAAUUUAUCUAAUAGCAACCCCGAAUUCCGUGAAAUUCUGUCGAGUUCAAGUUCAGCUUAUCUGUUACUAGAGGAACUAUUUCCAUUGGCAAGUUUCUUCGAAAGACGAUGUCGAGCUGAAAGGAGAUAACGCCUCUGUAAUGAAAAAGUUAAUUACCGGGAGAUGUAAUCGAUGAUUAUUGCGAUUUAUUGAAUUCGUGAAUCUAAUUUUGCUUUGGUGUAAGACGAGAAAGGUAUUUACAAGAUAAGCUGAGCAGAGAUCGAUCGAAGAAAUUCAGAGGAGAUUCAGUAUCGUUAUUUUCAUUAUUUGUCUCAGGAACAAUUAUAAAAAGGGCUUGAAUGUGCAGGGUAUUGUGGCACGAUGCUAGUCCGCGUUCGCGUCCCUUUUCAUUAAAUACAGUUAUACAGAUGAUA